AUGGCGAAAAAGCAGCUGAUUCGGACGAUUCUACUUGGCUCGACCAUCGCCCUAUCGGCGAAUUUACAGUAUGGGUUUUCUUCGACGUAUUUGAACGACCCGGAUUACCUCAAUAAAUCAUUUACCAAAUGGGGAAGCCAUUCGACGGGUGGCCAAAUCGACCUGGCCUAUGAUCUCCUUUCCGAUAUUUGGAUGGUCGGGUUCUUCUUUGGGAUUUGGCUAAGUCCGGUGCUGAACGAUAGAUUUGGAAGGAAAGUCGGCUUCAUUAUUGGAAAUGCCGUUUCUCUGCUUGCUUCAUGCCUGCGAGCUCUUGCAAUCCCAACCUACCAACCGGAACUAUUAUUUGCCGGCCGUUUCUUAGCUUCUGUCGUAACGGCCGUCACUUACCAAGCCGCAGUGUUGUAUUUAAAUGAAGUAGCUCCUACGGAAUACCGUGGCGUAAUGUCCUGCCUAGCCGAUAUUACCUAUUCGGGGAUGUGCCUGGUCGGGAUGUUUCUAGGCACUGAUCAGAUCCUUGGACGUCAUCUUGUUUGGCUGCUAGCUGUCCCGAUUCCGCUUUCCGCAAUCGCACUGGUCGUACUUUUCUUUUUACCUGAAACUCCAAAAUUUCUACUGAUCGUCAAGAGGGAUCGGAAGAGAGCGGAAAAAUCUGUGAAAUUCUACCAGGGAGCUGAUUGUGCUGCUGGGCAAAUAUUGGACGAUAUUCAGAUGGAAGCCGAAUGCCAAAAGGACGACAUCUCCAUCACCCGCAAACUCCUGGAUAUUUUUACCGUACCCCACCUCCGAAAAGCGUUCUUUUUGAGUUGUGCUGGACUCCAGCACUAUGGACAAUCCUAU